AUGGCGGCCAGCCUGUGGCGCGCCGUGAUGGACAGCGUCAGUGGCUCCUCCUCCUCCCCCUUGGUGCUGGACGCGGCCCCGGGCGGCGGCGUCGAGUUCUGGCACGGCGCGGAGCGCGCGGGGUGGCUAAAUAAGCAGGGCGAGUACAUCAAGACGUGGAGGCGGCGGUGGUUCGUGCUCAAGCAGGGGCGGCUCUUCUGGUUCAAGGACCCUGCGGUGACGCGGGCCUCGGUGCCCCGCGGCGUCAUCCCCGUCGCCUCUUGCCUCACAGUCAAGGGCGCCGAGGACGUGCUCAACCGCCAGUUCGCCUUCGAGCUCUCCACGCCUGCCGAGACCAUGUACUUCAUUGCGGACUCCGAGAAGGAGAAGGAGGAGUGGAUUAACUCCAUCGGUCGCUCCAUCGUCCAGCACUCCCGGUCCGUCACCGACGCAGAGGUUGUCGACUACGACAGCCGCCCCCAGCCCCCGCCGCAGCCUAAGGCUAGCGAAGAGAGUGAACCAGCAGCUUAA